AUGGAUCGGUACCCGGGGGACUAUGUUCUGCAUAACUUGCCCCUACUCCUUCUCUCAGGGUUAGAUGCAGGAGGACGCGAGACCGACACUGAUACUUCAGGAAGAACAAAUGCUUUUCUACGAGAGGGAGGCUUCAGAAUCAAAGUGGACGUUCCAGCUGUCAAAGGACCCCUUGCAGAGAAACUACUCCAGUCCUUCUGCACACAGGAUGCCAGAGAUGCGCCAUGGCAUUCCCAGUCGCUAGCCGCUCGAAAUGGGAAGGUUUUUCAGAUUGCAACUGUUGGCCGGGUAUACACUCUUCCUCCCCGCAAGGCACCACCUCCGCCGUACUCUCCCCGUUUGUCGGCCACUGUUGCAAAUGGAAGCCCUCCUCUACCGCUCGUUCUCCAUUCUCCGUUGUCGCCCCUGACGCCCAGCUCGCCGUUGUACCCUGACGGCAUCGUCUCUCCUCUAUGGAUCACCAAACAUCAGUCCCGGCUGCCUUGCGCACUUGUGACCUUCUUCUCUCUCUGCUCCGACCCCAAGAUAAGCUCCCUGGAGGACAACAGGCUGAAAUCUGAGAUCAAUAACGUCCGAACCGUGCUCUCGUCGACGAAUUACAGGACUAAACUUAUCCUUGUUCUGCUCGGCGACGAUGACACCAACCCUUCUGAGGUCGAAGAUCGCUGCAACAACAUCCGACGUGCUACGGGACUUGACUCAAAAAGCACUUACUUCCUCCCUUAUGACGCCUCGUUGGCCGAGGUGGAAGAGCUUGUUGGUUCUGUUCUCUCAUACCUUCAUCUUCUCUGUGUAGACCAUUAUCGCGACCUUUCGAAGCAUGCCCGUCGAAAGCGUAAUAGAAACGUUGUUCCUCAGCCUACGGUUCAGCCAGGCACUUCCAGCAUAUUACCAUUACAAGGUUGGAACGUCCGAUACGAAUUCAAACUGGGCGUAUUUGCCGAAUUCCGACAAGAAAUGGAUGCAGCCUGUCGAAGCUACGAGACUGCUUAUGAAAGCCUGUUCGGUCCCGAAGUGAUAGAGGCCAUUGCUGUUUGGAGCCCUCGGUUCAAUGAAGCACGGUUACUUGCUGACAUCAUCGCCCUUCGCAUUAUCAGGUGUCUUCUCUGGACAGAUCAAGGUACUACAGCAGUGCGGUCUUGGAUCAGUCACAGGGAUAGGGUCAAAGACUUGGUGAAUCGCAAAGGCAGGGGUACAGACAACUAUGGCUGGGAAGCGUGGCAGUCUACUUGGACGAAGGUCAUGGCAGAUUUACUCUCCAAAUCAGGCUACCCCCCUUUGAACGUCAAGAAUCCUGAAGCCACAGGCAUGGUUCCCAUUUUCGCUCCAGCUAACAAGUCUCUUCCGGCCGGAGAGGCGACCACUCCAUGGGAGCAGAUGCACCAUGAAGGAUAUUGGCUGGAUAUCUCUAGAAGGUGCGUAAGUGAUCGUCGGAAGUGGGCAGUACAGAUCCCCGCCGAGGACAGGCUAUCCCCAGGCCGUUUACCAGCCUCCAUGGCUGCAAGCAAGUCGCAUCUUUACGACGCAUACAUGGCGCUCGAGCCAUAUCGGGAAGUACCGACAGAUGGGAGUGUCGGGUACAAUUAUGUGGAAGAAAUCGUCAAUACCUUGAGUGCCGCCAUUGGUCACUUCGCAAGGCGAGGCCAACUACGUAAGGUCGAAAUCUUGGAACUUCAGAUGGGUCUAGAACAGAUCAGUACACGAUCGUGGGCGAAGGCCGUUGCGACACUGCAGCCUCUGUGGACAGGUCAAAACUGGAGGCGUGCCGGGUGGUGGAAGCUACUCCAACAUCUCGGCUGGGCUCUCCUGGACUGUGCGGUCAAUACCAAAGACCACACUCUUCUGAUCCAGCUUCUCUGGGAACUUUCGAACAGCGUGUUCGAGACGAAACCGGGCAUCAAUUACGACUUGCGCCUUGCUUUGAAGGCCUUGGCUCCUAACCAUCCUCACCCGCUGGUGGCGAUAGAUAUUGACGAAGCAUUAUCACCACUCGUACCAUCAUUCGCAUUUGCAACUCACAAUGUGUUUGUCGGAGAACCAUUGGAGUGCCAGCUAUCCUUAAAAUCCCGAGCGCGGACGGGAUUAUCACCUGUCCAACUCACCGAAGUCAAGGUUGUCUUUGAAGGUAGUCUGAAACCUGUCUACUUGGUUGCGCGAAAAGGUGCACCCCCAGAGGAUGGCUCGUCCCUUGCUCACUUGGUUGAUGUCAACCUGGAAGAAUCGACAUCCACUGCUACGCCGGCGAACAAAAGAUCUUCUGCCGGGACAAUUGCCUCAGUGACUGGUGAUGUUGAUUUAGCAAUACCUCCGCACUGCAUCAGAAUCUUCCGGUUUCGCGUUGUGCCACGCGAAGCAGGGGAGAUAUCAAUCGCAUCCAUCACGCUGCUCCUCACCGACGAGAAGUUUACCCUUGCAGUCACCUCCUCGGAUUUUGAACACUCGACACCACAUUGGUGGGAGGCCAAGGGUGGCACUCCAGUUCCCCGCCUGCUCGGGCAGGAACUGAACGCAUUCAACAAGAUCGAUGUAAAGCCAAAACUACCGAGAUUACAAAUUGAAACACCGGGACUUCGACGGUCAUAUUACACCAAUGAAUCCAUCCAGAUCGACGUUGACAUGCUCAAUGGAGAAGACGAAGAUGCCAUUGUAUCUAUCGAGGCGCGAAUGAUCAGUCCAGUGGAAGGAGCGGCGCAAAUUGGGUGGGCUGCGCCAGGGUCGGAUGAGGUCCCAGGAGCCGCUUCCGGUGUCGGCAUCUUGACAUUGCCGUCUCGGGACCUAGGGACGCUCGCAGUUUCCGGCAGAAGCCUUGUCUCAAUACGUGUUACGGAUACCACCAUCGCGGUAGAUCACCAAGUUGAAAUAAUCGCAAGGUAUUGUCUCGUGUCAGAGCCCGAGACAAUUCUGACAAAGACCUUGGCCGUUGAUGUCAGCGUUGUCCGACCCUUCGAAGCCAACUACGAUUUUGUGCCCCGUCUGGAUACGGAUGCGUGGCCGAGUUUCUUCGAGGCACCUCCGCCAGAUACUGAAUCUGCAAGUGCUUUGGGACUGCGGUAUCAGUAUUCUGUAGCUGCGAGCAUCUGUUCCUUUGCAGCAGAGCCUCUGGUGAUCGAAGCGAUUCUUCUGACUGCAACCAAGAUUGUAGGAGGGGCAAUAUGUUCAACAAGUACAGGCAUCGUACGAAAGCAGACGGAAACAGCAGCUACCAAAACAGAAGCCACCAUCUCUUCGGCGAUCCUACCAGAUCAGACCGAAACCUUUGACUUUGACCUAGCCGUCCAGAAGUUGACGCUGGGCGAUCGGCACACAGUCGGAAUAGAUCUCGCGCUCGAAAUUGGUUGGCGUCGGCAGGGUUCAGAGAAGGUCAACACCACGUUGCUUGAAGUGCCGAGACUCGUGGCACCGAUGGCUGAGCCUCGCGUUCUGCUUACAACUGCAGAAACUGGUCUAGGCUCUUUGGAGUUUCAGGCCAAACGUCUGGACUUUACGAUUGAAAAUCCGAGCAUGCAUUUCCUCACAUUCAACGUAGCGAUGGAAGCUAGUGAAGACUUUGCUUUCAGUGGACCAAAGGCAUGCGCCCUCAGCCUCGUCCCUAUCAGUCGGCACACAUUGACCUACCAGAUACUACCGAACAAGAAAGACCAGUGGAUUGGAGUGCAUCUAAAAGUGGUUGACGCAUAUUUUGGACAGACGUUGACGGUCCUCCCCGGCGGGGAUGGGGUCAAGGUUGAUAAGAAGGGUAGUGUUUUCUUCAAGGUCUAG